UCGAUGUGAGUCAAGCCGAUAACACAUGUGCGAGUCCGCGUCCUAUCUCAUAGUAAAGAUACCGUAGUAGUAUUUGACAACCUUGUGCUGUGUACAACAAAAUGAGUGCUAUAAGAAGUUAUUUUAAAGAAGAGGGCCAGCUUAGGAUGCUCGGGUUGGAAUGCUCGAAACCUUCGUGUUUUUAUCUGAGCGCUUGGCAGAGAAACCGCUCGACAACGCCGCUUUUCGUUUGGCGCUCACUCCUAUUCCUAACGUCACUUGGUAUUCUGCUCAGUUCAAUGAUAAUGUACGGGCUCAAGGGAAAAUUGGGCUUCUGGUUCAUCUACCUUACGCACUGGGGACUUACUCUAAAUACAGUGGCGACGGCGAUGUCAGCUGCUGUAUCGGCGCGGUGUUACUUCUAUGGACCAAUUGGCGCUGAGUUCGUUUUACCAUGGUAUGUAAAAACUUACUGGGUCUUCUAUAACAGCGCAGUACCAAUCGCCUUUCUCAUAACCGUCUUUUAUUGGACUAUACUAUACGAAGCGGGUUUUGAGGAGGAGUUAAACCAUGGUUUGGACGUGGCGGUCCAUGGUCUGAACUCACUAGUGAUGUUCCUUCUACUAGUAUCCGCGUCCCAACCCUCAAGGCUACUGCAUGUGUACCAACCUGUAAUUUUUGGUUUAACAUACGCAGUUUUCGGAGCUGUAUAUUAUUUUGCUGGUGGCGUAGACACGAAUGGAAACACAUGGAUAUACCCAGUCAUUAACUGGGCACAGCCAGGUUCAACAAUGGCGAUGGUGGCGAUAACAGGAUUGUUGCUUGUAGCCCUACAUCUUGCGGUUGUUGGGAUGGCGAACAUACGUGAUGCAAUCGCUGCAAGAGUCAUCAGGCGUUCCAUCAUCACGCACAUAGAAGAAGGCAUACCACUGCGCACACCAACGAACCAACAAACAAUAACAUAACCAGGACAUUACCUAUAGUUUGUUCAGAACCACUAGCUUGUUAGUAUAGAGCCACUUCGUAUUGCUAAAACCGUCAUGUCGCAAUGGUUUAGUUAGUAUGUUGAUUUGAUACUAUUCUUACAAAUCGUAUUAUAUUUAGGGUGAGUCUCCACUGCCGUAACAAAUACACUGUCGUAACAAUAUUGCUAUCCUUCUCGUACUCUUCGAAAUUAAAUAGAUAUAAAUAUAUUGAUCUUAUGUUACAACAUUUCAAAUUCAGGGUUGAAGAUUAAAUGUGUCUGUGUACAAGGUCUUUAUGGAUUGGUAUAAAUAGCAGAAUUGAAACUCACUUUGCUGAAUUGUUUUCAAACAUUGUUCGUCUUAUUAGGUCUUAACGGAAAUAAAACGCAUAUCAGUGAGCGCCCUUGAGUUAGAUGCAUAAAUCCAACUUGAAUGUUAGUAUUAGGAAUAUCGUGUCUACUUUAAUUUAAAUGAAUCUUUUGUAAAGAACAAUAUGAGA